AUGAAUAUCAUUAAUAUUCUCUUUUGGAACUGUAAUGGCAUCAAAUACAAAAACAACGAACUACACACCUUCGCACGUCUCAACAACAUACACAUCAUUCUUCUCCAAGAAACUAAAUUAAACCCAUCAACCAUAAUCAAGAUCCCAAACUAUUUUACCUAUUGUCAAGACCGCCCCCCAAAACCCAGAUCCCCAUCAGGGGGUGGUACAACCAUACUUGUCCACAAAAACAUAAUACACAACCAAGAGGACAUCAAGACUUCCCUUGAGUCAACUACAGUCACAACCAAACUUGUAAAUGACCAAGUCCGUAUAACUUCUAUGUACAAAAAUCUAAAUUCUCCCUUGCCAACCAACGACCUGAACAUUCUAACAAAUCAGAACGGCCUCUUUCUAGCAGCUGGCAACCUUAACACAAAACAUCAGUCUUGGAACUGUCGCACUACAAACCAGAAGGGCAGAAUUCUCCACCAACAUAUGGAAACAUCAAACACAUACUCCAUUUGCGCACCUGACUCCCCAACACACUACUCCUACAAUUCACUACACAGGCCAGAGAUCCUGGAUAUAGUACUUGUAAACCUCCCUCACAGAGAGUAUGUACUUACUCAUCAUAAUGAACUAACGUCAGACCACAACUCAAUUGUUAUGACUAUAAUCGACUCUCCUAUUACAAUCAACCCUCCAACUGCCAGAAAAAGAAUCAACUGGAAGCAAUUUGAGCAGGAAUUAUCGCUUAAAUCUCCAAAACUGACGACCAAAUUAUCAAACCCAACAAAAAUCGACAACGAGGUUGAUUCAUUUACCACACUCAUCCAGUCAUCAACCGAAAAUUGCUCCUACCUCAUUAACAAACCUCGAACCAGAGAGGCACUCUCCCUCGAUAUCCUACUUGAGAUUGCCACCAAACGGAACUUAAGGAAAGACUGGAAACGCACUAGGGAUCUAUCAGUCUUGACAAUGCUAAACGCCCAAAUAGUGUAUGUCCGAAACCUCCUCAAAGAACAUCGUCAAUUAGCAUGGGACCGUUUCACAUCCACACUAAAUUUCCAAGAUCGAUCACUUUACAAAUUAAAUUGUCGUCUACUUCACAAUAAGCCAGCUUCCAACCCGUUGACGACAAAAUCCGGUCAAAAAAUCUACGACACUGAAUCCAAACUGGAAUUGUUUGCCGAUACAAUGAAAGAUCAGUUUACCGCCAACCCUCCUAAUGAGCUCUUGGAGGUCAGUCGAUCAAUCAAUGAACUCAACAGAUACUCCGCAAAGGCAAACCUAUUCACUACCCCUAAGGAAGUAUUUGAAAUUCUACCAUCCGCCAAAGCCUCUGGACACGACAACAUUACAAACGCUGCACUAAAGCACCUUCCAGCCUCUGCCAUCGUAAGACUAAGCAACUUACUCACAUCUUGUCUCAGACACUCCUAUUUUCCGACCUACUGGAAAACUGCCACGAUCGUCAUGAUUCCGAAGCCUAACAAAAACCACAGCCUACCAAACAACUACAGGCAAAUAUCACUUCUCGUCACGAUGUCAAAAGUAUUUGAAAAAAUUCUACUAAGCCAUCACAACAAAAAUAUCAAGCCAAGAACAGAACAAGCUUUCCGACAAGGACACUCGACGACUACACAACUCACAAAACUAAUCGACGACCUGGUAAUGAAUACCAACAAUAACAGACACACGGCUGCCAUAUACUUGGACAUGGUGACAGCGUUCGACAGAGUGUGGCACGACAGAUCAACAGUUGUCAUGCCUUUGUCCCCUAUUAUACAUUCUAUACAUCAACGAAAUCCCAUCCUCACCUCAUGUUACUACUUCAUUGUUUGCCGACGACACCAUGUUCUGCUCUAG